UGUUGUUAAUCUUGUAUAAUUUAUUUUUAUGAACGUCUGCUCAACAUCAAACUUUUGAAAUAGAGAAUUUCCAAAUUUUUAUUAGGUUUUAUCCAAUCGUUAUACAAUUAUAUUUAAAUACUAUAAUCUGUGACAACGACCGUGCGGCCAAACGUUCCCUACGCAAUAUGCAUUAUCUAAAAAAUCACUGAUACCAAUUCAGACAGGAAAGACCUUUGUAGACUCCUUUAAAAUAUAUACUACUGAGAUAAUAGUACGCAGCUCAGAAAGGCGCGCGAUAAAUAAGUAUAGUAAGAAAAUAAAUUCACAGUCUAUUUUAUCAUCAAGCAUGAAAGAGAGCCCAUGUGGGCAAUCCUCUUUCACAAACAACAAGACCAUCAUCAUCUUUCUCCUAUUCUGGCGCGAGAACGUCGUAUAAGAGCAUCAUCUCAGAUAACUCCCUACCUAUUUUCGUUAGCGCAUGUUUUCUACAAUUCGGAGCAGCCAAUCGGCUCUCCCCGCACAUACGAAUCCUGCACCGACGUGUUCCCCACGGUCCCCUAUCGUCAGUCCGACAACGACAACAGUUCGGUCCGGAGUGUAUUUACACAUCAGAAAUCACUUAUACGACGCGCGAGAGAUAUUCCAGCUAUUUUAUCACGACCUUUCAGAUGGUCGUCGCGGACAGUGCGACCAGGAUGUCGAGGAGCUCUUCAACGAGCGCAUUGUCGUCAUCCUCAUCAGUCGCUACAGUCAGUCCCGAGAACGAAGAGGACUCCUGAAAGCGAGACAAGCUGAAGGAAAGCAGGCUCGCGAGCGAGCGAAGCGUAACAGAUAUACAUAUACAGAUAGCCAUCAGUUGUUAUCGUGAAGAUGCCGCGAUGGAGCAGCUGGCCGAGCAUCUUAUUGCUGCUGCUCGCGGCGAGGACGUGCGCCGAGAUCAGACAGCUGCCGUACUGCAAGGACGCAGUGGCUGCCGCGCCGUCCCGCAGCUUGUUGUACGUCAGCACUUUAGAUGGAAAACUUACAGCUCUUGAUGCUUCUCUCGAAGGCCAGAAAAAAUGGUCAUUGGAUUUUAAAAAGCAGCCAUUGCUUUCAUCUAACAUUCAUAGAAGAGACUUGAAUAACAACGGUCAAUGGGUACGCUUAAUCCCUUCGUUGAAUGGAGGCUUGUACAAAUUUGAUGGAGAGAAUCUUGAAGCUGUACCUGUUUCGGUGGACCAGCUUUUGCAAUCAUCUUUUCGUUAUUCCGAUGACCUUAUUUUUUCUGGUGGUAAAGAGACCAAAACUUAUGGUAUAUCAAGUACAAGUGGGAGGAUCCUUUAUGAAUGUAAAAUGAGUAGUUGCACUAAUAAAACUAAUGGAGAGAGCUUGGUAGAGGAAGACGUUUUAAUUGUACGACAUCAUCAACAUACAGUAAGAGCUGGUGAGCCUAGGACAGGAAUUGAAAGGUGGAACUUUAGCGUAGGCCAACAUGAUUUAACUAUGUUGCCUCGUGAGAAUGCAGAUUGUCAUCAAGAAAUUCCACCAGUGACUUUAGAAAUAGAAAUCCGGACCAUUGUUCCUGAAGGUCUUGUGAUAGCUUACAGUAAAACAAACCCUCAAAUCAAGUUGUGGGAACACAAGUUUGACUCUCCAGUGGUAGCAGUUUGGAGAGGUGACCAGGUAUAUGAAAAUGGUGCUAUCACACCACUAAAAGAAGUCAAUCUAUUUGAAUCUUCACAAUUAGAUUCCGAGUUAGAUGCCGAAUUUUCCUUAAAUCCUGGGCUAUAUAUAGGUAUGCAUGAAAGACAAUUGUAUAUACAAGAAAAUCCCGCUUUUCGCAGAGCAAUUGAUCAUGCUCCAACGGAAUUAAUUAAGUAUCCUUGGAGGCCAUAUCCUGCUAUUGAAUUUUCUAAAGAUGUCGGAAAUGAUAAAAGUAAAGAAGUACCAUUUGAAAUGAGUGAAGUACUAAGUACCACUGCAUUAUCUGUUUUGUAUAACUCAGAAUACAUAAAUGGAAAUGGAUUUUACUUAUACUCAAAAGAACAGAUUCAGUUGGAGGGAGGCAGCCAAUGCAAUGGUACAGGACCAAAAAAAAAUUUAGUGGAAACUUCAUCACCAUCUCCAUCAAUAGAAUAUCAAGAAGAAGAUGAUACCCCUGUACAAGUUAUUAUUGUUUCUCUGUGGUACUGGUGGAGAGAAGUAGUGAUAAUAUCGAUUACUACAGCUAUUUUGCUAAAUUUCAUGUUGACACAAAGACUUUUGAAUGCAACUGCUGAAACCAAGGAUGCUAUAUUACCACCUCUAAUAGUUGAACGACACGUUGUUGAAACCAAACCUGAAAGUCUGAAGAGUAAUUCAGAGGACGCUGACGCUAACUUUAAUUCGCGAUACCUGACUGAUUAUGAACCACUGGACUGUUUAGGUCGUGGUGGUUACGGAGUAGUUUUUGAAGCUAGAAACAAAAUUGAUGACUGUAACUAUGCAAUUAAAAGAAUCGCGUUGCCAAAUAGUCGAUACUCGAGAGAGCGCGUUAUGCGCGAGGUAAAAGCUCUGGCCAAACUGGAUCAUCACAAUAUUGUUCGCUACUUCAAUGCCUGGCUUGAGUGUCCACCAGCAGGUUGGCAGGAGGAGCACGAUAGGCAGUGGUCAAAUCACAAAAAAUUUCCUAAUUCUGAUUUUGCAUCCGAAUCUUCCAUUGCAGAUACUUCGGUACAUAUAGAAGUACCACCUAGCGAGCCGUCGUCCUUAGACAGUGCGUGCGAAGCAUUUGAACUUAAUAAGAACAAUGAUGACUCUUUUAUAGUGUUCGAUGCGCCGUCAGACGCGAAUGAUGACGACCCUCGCCAAAGUGAGUGCAGAAUAGACAACUGUACCGAAAGCGUAGAGCUGUCAAUUGAAAGUAGCAAGAAUGGUCAGAGCAAUGAAACAGACGAUUCUAUUGUUUUUGAAGAAUCGAAAAGCAAGGAUCUCGCAAAGAGGAAAUCCGAGCUGAGUUUAGAUUUAAGAAAGCGUAAAGACAGCGGAAAAUCUAACACGAAAAUGUUUUUGUACAUCCAAAUGCAACUUUGUCAAAGAUUGAGUCUCAGAGAGUGGCUCAAGACGCAAAGUACUGAACGUGAUAUUCAUAGGAUUUUGAAUAUUUUUCAACAAAUUGUUGACGCAGUAGAAUAUGUGCAUUUACAGGGUUUGAUUCAUCGUGACUUGAAGCCCUCCAACAUUUUCUUUGCAUUUGAUGAUAAGAUAAAAAUCGGCGACUUUGGACUUGUAACUGCAAUGACUGAGGGCAUUAACGGAGUUCAUACACCAUGCAAUACCAAUGAAGUGAAUGUUUUCAAGAAGGUGCAUACCGCGCGCGUUGGAACUCACCUGUACAUGUCUCCAGAACAGAUGAAUGGGCAUAACUACAACUACAAAGUCGACAUUUAUUCCCUUGGAAUAAUUUUAUUUGAAUUGUUAAUUCCAUUCUCAACAGAGAUGGAAAGAGUUUGUGCUCUAACAAAUUUGAGAAAGUCAAUUUUUCCAGAUAAUUUCUCUCUGCAGCACCCUGCAGAAUUUCAACUAUUGAAAAUGAUGUUGGACGAGAAUCCGGAAAAACGACCAACGACGUUAGGAAUAAAGGCUCGUCCUCCAUUCCUGAAAAAUGAAAUUCCAAAUAGUUUGAACCAGAAUGAAAAUUCCAAAUGGCACUUUGAACUACCGCAGAUGAGUAGGCAUUCCUCUAUAGCAAAUAGCAGUGGAAGCGAUUCUUUGGAAAAUGUUUGUUAAUUAUCAUGAAAAUGUGCUAUACAUACGUGAUAUGAAAUAUUUAUGAGCGGAGAGUGAAAGUGUGCAUAAGCAAAUGUGAGAGGAUAAUGAUUUUUUAAAAUUAAUCUAUUAAGUUUUAAAAGUGUAAUUAAGAUCUAUUCAUUUUAAUUCAUUGAAUGUUGCAUAUAAGUUACUUAAUUUGAAUUUGAAAAACUUUGUUAAAUAAAAUCAAUUUUCGUCCUGUUAGUAUUAUAAAGAUCAUCCUACUAUAGUUUUAUGAGAAUCUUUAAUAGCUCAUCAUAUUCAUUGUUAUUCAUCGAUCAAUUUUUUUUUUCUCAUGCAUGUGUACUAGAUAAAUAUUUUUCGAGUUCGUUAUAAACAUUUUCUAUAUUUACGAGUGAAUGUUUGAACAUUUCCGAGUAGUUAAUAAUCAUGUAAUUUAUUUUAUUUUCGUUUAAGGACGAGAACUCGAGUCGAAUUGUAUUUUUUAUACUCAAAGUUGCGUAUGAAAUUAAAAUUUUCAAAAAUAAACGUCCUUUGAUGUUAGAAACCGAUUAA